AUGAACGAACCUGAUGCGUCAAAUAUGAGUGAACCUGCUAUUUCAAUUAUAGACGAACCUGAUAAUUUGAAUAGUCAAGAUGAAGAUGAACUGACUGAUGAGCUUGGUGCUAAUCUUGAAGAAUAUAAUAAUGAAGUUUUAGAUAGUACAAAUAAUGUUGAAACAAUUUCAGAAGAUAUUUGUAUGG